UUGACAGUGUGCAAAACAACUGCUCUACUGAUGGCUCUACGCAUUGUGCUUCUUUCUCAUCAUACAUGGCAUCGUCAUACAUAUCUGGUGUAUAUGAUUUCUCCAUAGUGAGGUACACAGUAAUGGGCUCCAGUGGGGAAAACCAAUAUCUUGAUGCAACCGUGCAUAAUGAGUCGACCCACUACACAGUCAGUUGCUCCCUUGGGAAGAAAAAGGCCGAUCUCUCAAAGAAGGACGAGCUUAACAAAAAGAAGUUUCCAGUUAAUUACUCUGGCAACAAUCCAGGCAGAGUAAAGCGAGUUGUGUCGUCUAAGCGGAAGACACGUCAUCUGAGGGUGGCUAGAAAGAAGCCGUCUGGCUCAGGCAAAGCACCUGAUGCAGCAAAUAAGGAAAGUAAAGUUCUUCAAGAGAUGUUCGAUAUAGACCAUCAGGAGUCGACAGCAAAUGUAAACAGUCACCACAAUACGGGAACGACUGGGUUUGAAGAUGCUGACUCCAUGAAACUUACUGAGCUUACAAGGGAUCACAGCACAGUAAGUGAAGUGCUCCUAGGAAGAAACCUGAGGCUCCAAGUGGCCUUAACACUGUGGCAGAGACAUUUUGGAGAGAUGCUAACAUACUUCUUCAGAAUCCAAGAUACUGGUGUCUUUGUCGACAUUCUCCCUCUAAUAACCAAAAGUAUGGAGGAAGACUCCUCCAGCAUUACUAUCGGCUGUUGUGUGGACUUGUUCCCCUUGGUCCAGAAUGUCCUCAUCAGUCCAUAUGAAGAAUAUGUCCUCGUUGCUUUAACAUGGAUCAAUUCCGUUUUGAAACGCUGGUGGGAAAAACUUAAAGGAAGUGGCUUCACUGGAUCGACUGAGCUUCCUUUAGAUAGAAAUUUCCAGGUCUUUAAUCAGCGGUUGUUGGACUUAUGGCAUCAGGAGCCUCAACUGAAGUUUUUGCUUGGAGCUGCUGGAGAAAUGGCAAAGGCCGUUGAGUCAUUCAUGUCUCAACUUACUUGACAUCCAGGAAGAGUGAAAUACAGCCAUCCUUUGAGGUUCUGACAAUGUUCAAUAUAAACUUGAUGGUGAAAAAAUAUUGUCUCGUAUAAAACUUAGCUCUAGUGGAUUUAUCAUUCUGUUAUCUGAGUUAUGCCCAUCAAGUACAUUUUGCAGUGUUUGUUUUGCUGUGUUGCCUUAUUGGAGUGUGCAUUAAAGGUUUAUGUACUUCCUUAGUUGGGGACAGAAGAACUGAUUAUUUAUUUUGGACGUCUGAGCUGAGCUCCUUGUUAUUAUUAGCUUCUGAACCUUUAUGGGUCAAUUUCAGCCGGACUUCAGCCUCAUUGCCUCUUGAGGAGCUUAGAGUUAGACAGAGAGAGAUUCC